AGGACGCAAGUUCAAGGAGAGUCUUAAGCGCCACGUUAAAUCCAUGACUGAUAUGGGCUACAACUUAAACAAUGUGAUGGAACACCUUUCUGCUGCCGACUGGGAUAUUGACAUGGCCCUGGAGACAAUCAACAUGAACACCUAAUUUGCAUUCCAUUUCUUGUUUUUUUGUUUAAUAAUGUUUGUUUCACAAUUAUAUUUUCCCCAUACUUUGUGUUUUAAUGUGUGAAUGCUUGAAUGGCAGUUUCUUUUUUAUAUUGUGACACUAUCACCCUUGCCUCUUUAUGGCAAGGCUCACUUGUAGUGCUUUAUUAAGGAAAUAAACAUAUAUGUCCAGAUA